AUGGCUUCGUACAGGGCUAAAGGCGCGGCUGUAGAGACCGUGGAGCUCUUGAGUUCCAGCUCCGAGAGCGAGGCGAAUGAGACGAACCCAAGCGUCAAGUCCAGAGCUCCUGAACACGCUCGAAAUGCGCUGCAGGAGAGAAACACGGUGAAUUCCACUGUGUUGGAGCUCGAGCGGCCUGCCAAGAGAUGUCGUGGCGAAAAGGAGUGUCAUAUGCAGUAUUCGGACGACGACGACGACGAUGACAGAGCAGAAGAGGAAGAAGCGGACGAAGAUGCAACAGAGGAUUAUGUGGAUCAAGUGGAGACGCCGUCAGACGAAGAUGAAGAACGACUGGUAGAGGAAGACACGAGCCGACGACGCAGCCGACGCAAGUCCAAGCCUCUGCACUCCUUCGUUGAUACGUCGGAUGACGAUUACCUGAUGAGCAGUGACGAGGAACAAGAGAAAAGAAAAGAAAAGCCUAAACCAAAAAAAAAGGCAGCAGCAAAGAGUAAAGCAAGGAGAAAGCGGAAACGAAGGGAUUUGUCGUCGGACUCGAGCGACGAAUCUUCUAGUGACGCGGAAGUCGAGAGCAACACGAAGGCGGAGGUUUACGGGUUCGUCAUUGACAAGAUUUUAGGUCGCGAAGUGCACACACUCCAGGAAUGGAAGAAGAUAUGCAGAGGCAAAAGUACCCGCUUUUUGACACACUGCUCCAUUUUCUUCUCUGAUGAGAAAGACGAGACAAAUGAGGAAGUGAAGUCGGAGCAGGUACAGGUGCAAGAACAGCAGAAAAACCAAGGAGGCGAGCGAACUACUUUAGCAAGCAAGGAAACAGCCGCGACCCGAGAAGAAGCUGGUGUUGCUGACGUUGAAAAUGCUGGUGAAGAACGUUUUUUGAUAAAGUGGAAAACGUUGUCUUAUCUACACACCAGCUGGCAAACGGAGGAUGAGCUGCUUAGGACAGACAAAAACGCGAAAGGUAAAAUCCAACGUUUUCGUGAAAAGGAGCAUCGUGCCCUUUACUCCGAAGACGUACAAGGAGACGAGUACUUCAAUCCGGAGUUUCGCAUCGUCGAUCGCAUUCUCGAGAUUGGGGACCAGCCGCUCGACGGUUUUGCGGUGUCUGAUGUAACGUACGGCACGAGUUCACUCAAGUAUUUUUUGGUGAAAUGGAAAGCUCUUCCAUAUGAUGAACUUACGUGGGAGCGGGAAGAUGAUGUUGGUGAUGACGCUGCUGUGGAAUUGUACAAUGACCGUAUCAUAAGAGCUGCAAAAAGGUUCAGGAAAGUUGCUCUCGCAAAACACACACCACAGAGUAAACGCAAGAAGUUCAGAGGUUACACAGCAGAGGCUCCACCACCUUGCAAGAAAGAGCAAAACUUUCAUUUGCGCGAUUACCAGCUUACAGGUGUAAAUUGGAUGCUUUUUAAUUGGUACCAGAAGCGGAAUUCGAUGCUUGCAGAUGAGAUGGGUCUUGGUAAAACUGUGCAGACUGUAAUGUUUGUCAAUCAUCUUGCGGCUGUCGAGCGUACGCCAAGGCCUUUUAUUGUUAUCGCUCCGCUUUCGACGCUGGGCCACUGGCAGCGCGAGUUCGACAGCUGGACUGAUCUGAACACCGUCGUGUACCAUGGAUCAGUUGCUGCCCGAGAAGCUUUGCAAAACUACGAAUUUUUUCUGACGGAGGACGAGCUACGACGUGCUGAAGAGCUCUCUACAAAGACGCCCAUGAAAAGCAAUUGGAAGCAACCUUCUUUGCGACCAAAGCGUAACUGUUACCGCUUUGAUGUGCUAAUUACUACGUUUGAAAUGGCUUCCGCUACCGACCUUUACAAACUGGCUCAGAUCAACUGGCAGCUCAUGGUUGUGGACGAAGCACAUCGUCUGAAAAACGGCAAUUCCAAGCUGUCUAACAUCCUACGCACGCGAUUUACGUAUGAAAAUAUGCUGCUGUUGACCGGCACGCCGCUUCAAAACAAUGUCGAAGAGCUAUGGGUGCUGCUGAAUUUUCUGGAUACAAAAAAGUUCGAAUCCAAAGAAGCUUUUCUCGAACGCUUCGGAGAACUAACGGACUCAGCUCAGGUAGAGCGUUUGCACUCCGAGCUUAAACCCUAUUUGCUUCGACGCAUGAAGGAGGACGUGGAAAAGUCCCUAGCGCCAAAAGAAGAGACUAUUAUUGAAGUCGAGCUGACGGUGCUUCAGAAGCAGUACUACCGUGCCAUUUACGAAAAGAACACGGAGUUUCUGUCGAGGGGCGGCAAGAAGGGAAACACGCCUAGCUUGAUGAAUGUCCUUAUGGAGCUCCGCAAGUGCUGUAACCAUCCUUUCCUUGUAAAAGGUGUGGAAGAGCGCGAAGUGAAGCGGCUUGCAAACCAAAAAUCGGUGUCGAAAGAAGAAAUCCAGCGACAAAUUAGUGAAUGCCUCGUGGACUCGUCUGGCAAACUCGUUUUGCUGAACAAGCUGUUACCUCGUUUGAAAGAGUCUGGGCACCGCGUUUUAAUUUUCUCACAGUUCAGAAUAAUGCUGGACAUCCUUCAGGAUUAUUUGGCCUUGCGUCGGUACAAUUGUGAGCGCAUUGACGGCAAUAUUACUGGAAAUGAGAGGCAGACAGCGAUCGAUCGCUUUUGUCGGGAAGACAGUGAUGCAUUUAUCAUGCUGUUGAGUACUCGUGCAGGUGGCGUGGGCAUUAAUCUGACAGCGGCCGACACUGUGAUUAUAUAUGACAGCGACUGGAACCCGCAAAAUGAUCUGCAGGCGCAAGCACGUUGUCAUCGCAUUGGUCAAAAGAAAAGUGUGAAAAUUUACCGCCUGCUGACAUCUAAAACAUACGAGUUGCAUAUGUUUCACAAAGCAUCAUUGAAGCUGGGUCUUGACCAGGCAGUGCUGGGAGGGAUCAAAAAUGACGAUCCUGUUGCAAAACUAAAAGGAGUACCGAGCAAAAGUAAAGCAAACGAUCGAAUGUCGAAGGAAGAAAUUGAAAGCUUACUUAAGCAUGGUGCGUACGAGAUGUUUAAGGAGCAAGAUAGUGAGGCGGAGGCAGCAAGUAAAAGGUUUGGAGAGGAAAGUAUCGACCAAAUUUUGAGCCGCAGUACGACGAUUGUGCACGAUCCAACCCGGGAUGUUGACGGAAAGGAGAAACAAAAUGUCAUGUCCUCGUUCUCCAAAGCAACCUUCGUCAGCUCGACGAAUCCAGAUGAUACAGUCGACGUCGACGAUCCAAACUUUUGGACCAAGGUUAUCGGUCUAAAAGGAGUCGAGGAACCGAAGAUGGAAGAACCUUCACCUUUGCUCACAAGACGUUGUCGUCGAAAAGUAAAAUCGUACUUAACCGAUGACGACAAGUCUUUUAUGGCGGGGGAUAGUGGGGAUGAAGCACCAUCGUUGCGUAAGAGACCAUUCCGGGAAUUAGGUGUUGUAAAGGAUGAAGAGUUUGUGGUCUCAGAUGAUGAUGACGACGAUGACGAUGACCUAAGUGACGAAGAUCUGGUCAACAACGGUCUAUCAGGCUUCAAUGCUGUUGAAAAAAGAAAGCGCUGUAAGACGCCGUUAGUACCAAUCUACUCUCACACUGAGCGUAUUGCGGAACUUCUAGGAAGCUUCGGGUAUGGACGAUGGGAUGAUAUGAAGCGCCACGCCCCGGUCUUACAAGCGUACUCGGGCCAAGAGCUGAGUAAGUUUGCUCAAGAGUACAUCUGUAGCUUGGUGCGAGUUACUACAGCAAUGACAACUUUUCCACGCAUUGGGUUGGAGUUGGAGGCAAGCCGAGUAUAUAUUGUUUCUUCCGUGGCCUCGCCUUUGCAAAUGGCGAACGCAUCUCCAAUCGAUAGGUAUGUUUGCGAAGUGGGCAGCGCGUGUUGUCGGUAUAAUUUCAUUCCAGCAAUGCUGAAGGAGAUGAAGAUUGUGAAUCCGCUCGCUGUCGCCAUUCCCCCACGCAUGUGGAUCACAGAUUUUAAGAGCCGAGCGGCUCGUGGGACUCGUACGAAGCUACAGCAAAUUGACACUAUGUACAAGCUGGGUGAAUUCGUGAGCGCAAAGCUGGUGCCACCAGUACCGCUCAUUGCUUUGAUAAGGGUUAUUCAAAAGGCAAGAGACGAAGCCGGAGUUCACCAAAUGGUUGAGCUGGGCAUUGUUCCCAGAAUUAGCGACGAGAGUCCUGAUGACAAGAUCGAGAAUUCAGAGCCUGUCGAUGAUAAAUCUGCCGAUUCUGGUGCAAACAAUUCUUCUGCGGAGUCUCUCACGGUAAAAAGUGGUGACACUGAACAUGCAAGCGAGAAUGACGAUGGAUUUAUUAACCAACGACCAGAGUCGACAGACGGAUUGCAAGGAGUGUUGCCCACCGUUUUUGUUAAAGUCGAAACGGAGACUUGCAUGGAGACCGUGAGAUUCUCUUCAGCAGAGCGCUGUGUGGAGGCAUCAUCUGGGAGCACUAAGGUUGAGGAAUGCAAACCGAAACCUUUUUCUGCAACCUUACCUACCGCAGAGGUGGCCAUCCGAACGGCCCCUACCGGUAACGAGACAACAAAAUCUUCGAAAUCAGCUAAUAACGAAGACGGAAGCGAAGUAGCGAAGUUGCUUAUUCCAAGCGCCCAGGGUAAUGGUGACACCAUUGAGGGUGGUGUGGACGGACGAGUCACUCAUUUUGAAAAGGAUGAGAGACGCGAUGUUUCUGUGCAACCGAAUGCGCUUGGGUGUGGUAUAACAUUAGCAGCAAAGCCAACGGUGGAGCAGCCGAAUACCUCUGCUGCAAUAGUGACGUCAGAGCGCAACGAGGCAAUGCGAAUUCUGCAAACACUGCCACCUGUGAAUUCGUCUGAGCCGCUAGCACCGUGGUGGAUUUCGCGUGUAGACGACGUUGUACUUAUGAUGUAUGUCUAUCGUGAGGGAUGGAUGAAAGGUCGAGCUCUGCCUCUUCAGAUGCUGGAAGGGACGACUUUGUUCGGAGAACGUGCUAAGCGGUACCCGCUAUCUGAGUGGCCUUCUUUGGCCACUCUUAAUCGCCGAGUGAAGCUACUACUUCACCUGUGGACUACUGUGACAAGAACGCUGCCGGUGGCGCCACCCACGCCACCAAUCGCUGCUCCUUUGGAAAUGACAUUCGCCAGGCAGCCUCAGAUGCAGCCCAUCUUGCAUGAGCAGUUGCAGCUACAACGGAAACGUCAAUUUGAGCUGCAGCGUGCUCAGUUAACAUCUCAAUACCCUGGUGCUUCGUUCCAUGACUCGCGCCACAACCGAUUUGCCAAGCUUGUUUUUUCGUACGGAAUCCCUGAUGUAGGCACUUGCCGAGACGAUCGCGAGCGCCACGAGAAGUGGCGUUACUUUCUGCAGGAUUGCCAGCUUGGAGUUGGGCACUGCCCAUUAGAAGAGCUGCUUGCAGAAGCACUGGAUUUGGAGCGUGUGUGUCACCAACGAUUGCGCGGUGAUAGUGGUGAAGCAAACAACACUGGUCUUAGUGAAGAAAAUUCAAUUCUAGGCGGGAAAAGAGGUUUUUGGCUACUCACUGCGACGCAGUGCCGGCGACUGCUGCAUCGCGUGGAUCUGUUUCGCCUGUUGCGCACACAAAUACUUGUGCUACCACCAGCUCAACUAGUCGAGUUGGUCAGUCGAGUCGUUCGGGCCCAGUCGGCUUCAACUGACUACCCUGCCUGGUGGAGCUGUCCACGACACGAUAUUUUGCUUCUGCAAGGUGUUGAAUGCUAUGGUCUUGACGAGCACCUUGUCUCAGUGUGGAAGUUGCCGCUGUUCAGCUCUGCGAAUACAACAGGUGCACUUCCUAGCUCCAGUUGGGUGGAAAAUUACGUUACUGUUCUUGCUCUUGCCUGUCGAAACUUAAUUGUCAAGUCCCGGUCGUUUUGCUCCGAUGGUCGAUACGUUCAGUUGGACAAUAGUGCUACACCUGACAAAUAUCUUGCUCCAAUUGAGCCAGACGUGGAGGCGGAAACUCGGCGACGAAUACGAGAUAUCUGUGGAAUGCGUGAAGAAGAUCCGUACUUCGUUUCAGUUGUCCGUUUGCGGCAGCUUAUUGAUAGUAACGCAGCUCGCGAGAAGCCGUCGUCACGAUGUAUCGAAGAGCUCCCACUUGACGAACAUGCGAUUCGAAAUGACGCGAGUCUAAUACCGUCGGCGACAGCGGAGGAAGUGGAAUUGAUGCGACAAGAGGAUCCCUAUGACUCGGUGCGCGUUCGAACAAUAUGGGCUGCAGAGACCAAGCGCGACGAAAUAGCGGCAGCGAGGAAGCGCUCAUGUGGUAGUGCAGACAAUAGAGAGGAGACAGGUGUUCAAGAUGGAGAUGGAAGGUGGAGUGAAAGCGAGAAGGGAGCAUUGCCUCAGUCCGGUUUUGGCGAGAACCACCUGGUCGGACAUGUUGGCAGUCGCGAUGACGAAAGAAGAAAAGGCGUGCAACUGCAGCCUUUACAGCACCACAGUUUGGGGCAACAUUCUUUGGCUACUGCUGUUGCAGUUGCGAAUGUAAAGGAGGUAGUUCCGACGUCGCACAGAAAACAUGAAGGUGGUUAUGGGACUGCGCGCUCGUGGGACGUAAUUGUGAUUGAUUCCUCUGACGACUCCGACUAG